AUGGCGCGCAUAGUCUGGGUCGACGUGGCAGAGCGGGCAGGGGAGCAAGGAAAGGAGGAUCUUCUGAGGAAACUGACCGCUCUGAACCUCAUUCUUGGGUUUGCCAUUGCUCUAAAACACCGAUUGCGCUUCGAGCCUGACGUGGCCUAUGACGAUCUUGCGGGCCUCAUCGGCUACUUGGACACGUUUGCAAGGGAAGCUCAUGAUCCUGCCAUGGUCCAUCCUCCUCCCAAGUCUACUUGGAAAGCAGCGGGGGAGUAUCUGGGGUUUUCAUUCGCGGAGUCCAAUCCUAGGAAGCGCAUCAAACGGGCCAAGAAGCCCUUGGGGAAUCUUCCGCUGGAGAUCCUCAACCACCUGUCCGUUUACGUUAACACGGUUAUCAAAGAAAAUGCUCUGCCUUCCGCAGGUCAUCAAGCACAGCUGAUCCAGGGUUUGGCGUCCCUUAAUGAAGUCCUGACUGGAACCGAACGAGUCCUCGACACCCCUCUUCCAGCAGCGUAUAGUAUUGCGAUUGCGCAAAUCGCGUGGAUCUACGUGCUGGUAUUGCCCUUUCAGCUGUAUGAAAUGCUGCAAUGGAUCACCAUCCCAGGCUCUGUUGUUGCCGCAUACAUCAUCAUCGGCCUGGCCACCAUCGGCGUAGAAAUCGAAAACCCCUUUGGUCACGACGUCAACGAUCUCCCUCUUGACACGUACUGCCGCCAGCUCGCCCUGGAACUGGACAUUAUCAAGGCCAUUCCCCCGCCAACCAUUAACGAAUUUGCCAUGAGAGAUGAGAAUUUUGUUAUGUACCCGUUGAGUAUGAGGGGCUAUUCACACUGGAAGGAGACUAGUGUUGAGGAUAUCCGAGCGGCGCUGAGGGCGAAGGUCGUCGCGAAUGUGAAUUCCCCGACGACGGUGCUUGGGUUCAAGGGAUCAGUUAUGGAGACGUCGGCCCGUUUGGAUGAGGCGUCGGUUUGA